AUGGUCGGUACCGUUGCCAUUGCCAAGGACGUGCCCGCCGAGCCGGAGCUGCUGCUGGAGCGCAGCCGGGCGAUCACCGUGCAGGGCGCCGACAAGCGGGGCCGUGCCGUCGUCAGGAUCGUCGGCAAGUACUUCCCUGCGCGCGCGCUGGGCGGGCGGGCGGAGGAGGCGCUGAGGGCGCACCUGCAGAGCCGGAUCCUCCCGGAGGUCGGGGAGCGGGAGUUCGUCGUCGUCUACAUGCACUCCCUCGUCGACCGCGGCGACAACUGCCCCGGCCUGGGCGCCGUCCGCGCGGCCUACCAGUCCCUGCCGGCCGUCUCCAGGGAGCGGCUGCGCGCCGUCUACUUCGUGCACCCCGGCCUCCAGGCCCGCCUCUUCUUCGCCACCGUCGGCCGGUUCCUCUUCAGCUCCGGGCUGUACGAGAAGCUGAGGUACAUGAGCAGGCUCGAGUACCUGUGGGCGCACGUGGACAAGACGGAGCUGGAGGUCCCGGAGUGCACGCGCCGGCACGACGACGAGCUCGAGCGCCGCCCGCUCAUGGACUACGGGAUCGAGGCCGCCGACCGCCGCUGCAUGUUCGACGCCGCGUCCAUGGACACCUCCGCGUCCCUGCACUCGCUCCGCUGCAUCUCCUAGUACAGGGCAUCGCGCGAUUGCUUCAGCGUCCGGCUGUGGUGUAGCAGGCUGCUUGAUCCAUGUUUGCAACUAGAAAGG